AUACGAUAAGUGCAUGUUUUUGUUUAUAACUAAUCAAUCGAUGGUGUUAAUUGAUAGCCAAUACAGUGAAGUUUAAUUAAGUGCCGAAAUGAUUCUCAAUAUUUUGUGGUUGCUUCCAGUUUUCUUCUUAAGUAAUGCGCAGAUAAUAGUGAAUACAACAAAUGGUGUUAUACAGGGAAGAGUAGAAUAUUCACAACGUGGUAUCAAAUUUUAUGCUUUCCAGCAAAUUCCAUAUGCUAAACCUCCUGUGGGACCAUUACGGUUCAAGGCUCCCGUACCUUUUGAUAAUUGGGAGGGUGUAUACGAUGCCACACAAGACAACAAAAUAUGUUUCCAGCAAAGUGACUCCUCCAGCUCAUUGGAAACUGAAGACUGCUUAUAUGUCAAUGUGUAUACUCCAGUAUAUCCACCUCCAAUUGAGAAACUUCCAGUAAUGGUUUGGAUUCAUGGUGGUGGUUUUGUUAACGGAGGUGCAAAUUUUAAUUCUUUUGGACCACACUAUUGGAUGGAGCACAAUGUAAUCAUAGUUACAAUUGCAUAUAGACUCACUGCUUUUGGUUUUCUAACAACUGGAGAUACAGUUAUUCCAGGAAAUAAUGGCUUGAAGGAUCAAAAUCUUGCCUUACGAUGGGUUCAGGCUAAUAUUGAAUCAUUUGGAGGUGAUGUAGAUAAAGUGACAAUUUUCGGACAAAGUGCUGGAGCCGCUUCAGUUCAAUAUCAUUUGAUGAGUGAAAAAUCAAGAGGUCUGUUUAGGGCAGCAAUAUCUCUUAGUGGGUCAAAUUUAUGUCCUUGGGGUUUCCAAAGGAACUAUAAAUUUAUUGCUUAUCAUUUAGCUUCCAUUUUAAACCCAAAUUUUGAUGUGAGUGCAAGUUCUGAAGAGUUAUUGGAAUUUUUGCAGAGCGUACCCGCUGAAGAUAUUAAAGCAGCGACACGAAAAUUUCCGAAAGAAUGGUACGAUUGGGAAAUAAUCAAUGGAUAUCUAUUCACUCCUGUAAUAGAAACUGAACACGAAGAUGCAUUUAUAACAAAGAGAAUGUAUGAUGUUAUUGAAAGUGGUGAUAUGUACCGAGUUCCAGUCAUCAUGGGAAUAACUUCUGAAGAAUUGGUUUGGAAUGCUUUAGAUGUGGAAUCAUUCUACUGGACGGCGACUUGGUUGGAUAGCAAUCUCACUCUUCUUGUUAAUGACAAUAUGAGAAUAAAUGAUACCGAUGAAAAAAUGGAAAUAGGCGAAUCCAUACGAAGAAUUUAUACAGAGGAUUUAUUCCAAAAUUAUCUUGGAGGUGCUGUACAAUUUUACAGUGAUACGGCUUUUGGAAGAGCCAUCAUACAACAUGCCAAAUUACAAUCACAAUUUAGUGAUGUAUAUUUCUAUCAGUUCUCAUACACAGGUACUCUGCCAGGUGUACGUCCCUAUAUAGAAGGGGCUUAUAACGUAGCGCACGGCGAUGAUAUCAAUUAUGUAUGGGUUUAUGGUAACAACUCAAAUUUAGACUCAUACCCUAAAAGUGAUGUUUUACAAAGCGAAAGAUACAGGAUAUUGUUGAGCAACUUUGCUAAAACAUUGAACCCAGUUUCUUAUAACACUGACAUUUUGGGAAUAUCAUGGUGGCCUACAUUGAAGCCCGAUGAUUUUCAAUAUUUGGAUAUGAACGAUACAUUGAGUAUUGAGAAAGACUUGAAAAAAGAUACCCAUGAAGGUUGGGUUGAUGUAUAUGAAACAUAUGCUACCAAACCUUAUGAUACAUUUUAAUUUGUGUAUUUCUUAAUAAUAAAUCUUAAUAAAUUCAUUUACACCUU